UGUUAGGCUAGGUGACGCGAGGUGCCGCUCGUUACAAAGGGUACGGUACAGCCAUUCAUCCAUCCAUCCAAGCCAUUAUAUUAAGGCAAUCCAAUCCAGUCUUUCUACCGCCAUUAGGGUUAGCGCCUCGUCUGUUGCGCGUCACGUUUACCAUCGAGUACGCAAACCAGCGUCCGCUUGCCGUGUUGUGAUGGAAGCGGUAAAAAAGCGGCCGCACCAAGCGAUCUCGCUUGCUACGAAAAUGAAGAUCCUUCAAGAGCUGGAUCGUGGUGACCUCUCGAAGACGGAGAUCGCAAGGAAGUUCGAUAUCCCGAAGUCUACACUCUCAAGGAUAUCAAAGGACAAAGAAAAGAUUCAAGACGCUGUAAAGCGCGGAAGCUUUGCCACCGACCGAAGGAGGAUGCGAAAGACGCCUUUUGAGGAAAUAGAGAACGUCCUUUUUCUCUGGUUUAAGCGCGCGCGAAGUGCUAAUUUCCCGAUCAGCGGCCCCAUCCUCGAAGAAAAGGCUGGAGAGAUUGCGUCUCAGUUGGGAAUAGAUAACUUCAAAAUGAGCGACGGUUGGCUCAGCCGUUUUAAAAAGCGCCACGGCCUAGUCUUUAAGACUAUUUCUGGGGAAGGUGCAGCAGUCAACAGAAACCUUUGUAGCAACUGGCAGCAGGGGCGGUUGCAGGAAAUUCUGCAAACCUUUGAAGCACGAGAUGUGUACAACGCCGACGAGCUGGGACUGUUCUACAAGGCGCUCCCGACCAAGACUCUCACCUUCAAAGGGGAAACUUGUACUGGGGGUAAGCGGAGUAAAGAGCGCAUCACAGUGCUGGUUGGUGCCAAUAUGGACGGCAGUGAUAAGUUGAGGCUGGUGGUAGUGGGAAAAGCGCAAAACCCUCGUUGUUUCAAGGGUGUGGUACUGCAAAGUCGAAGAAAGCAGCAAAGAAAAGCAGAGCGUGGAAAACUACGAGGACAAAAGAAGCAGCAGGACAACGUAUCCAGUGGGCGCCACUCCUCUGUGUGUAGUAAAGGCAUCCGGGAGCUGCCCGUCACUUAUUAUGCAAACAGAAAAGCGUGGAUGACGCAAACGAUUUUCGAAACCUGGCUGCGAGAACAGGAUGCGAGAUUUACCCGUGAGGGCAGGAAAGUUGUCUUUAUUGUAGACAACUGCCCCGCCCAUGGUGAAGUGGAUGGGCUUAAGUCCAUCAUCCUUGAGUUCAUGCCACCGAACGCAACUGCAGUAAUCCAGCCAAUGAACCAAGGCGUUAUUCAGAACCUGAAAGUCUACUACCGCCGCCAGCUACUCCACCGAAUGCUUCUUUGUGCAGACAGCGGGAAAGAUUAUAGUGUGAACUUGCUUUCGGCACUUCACAUGCUGACCUAUGCCUGGGAGCAAGUUAAAGUCUCAACCGUGCACAGAUGCUUUCACCACGCUGGCUUCGCAAGACAAGAAGUCAUUCCAGAGGAGGAAGGGGAUACUGCUGAUGCUGAUGCGGCUGAUGCUGACAUCCUUUUCGGUCAGCUGGUAUCUUCCACUUCUUUCACACGACAAGAUUAUGAAACGUUAGAUGCAAACGUCACCACGUGUCGUGAAGAGAGCAUUGAAGAGCUGGUAGCUGAAGUUCAAGGUGAGGAGGCCUCAAGCUCCAGUGAAGAUGACGUGGAAUGCAAUGACCCCGGUCCUGCUGCAGUGCCAGACUGCACAGCGAGGGAGGCUGUUGCUCUCUUGCAGCGCUACUUUGAAUCUGAAGGCUGUGCGGAAUUUCUGCGCAACCUCCAAGGCAUGCACACCUACUUCGUCAAAAAGCGAUUACAAAAUGCAAAACAAACUACCAUUACCUCUUUUUUCUAGUCAGCUACAUUAGCUGGACAUCAUGCUUGUGAAAUAAAGUCAUAUUUCACUCA